AUCUUACCGAACACUAUUUUAGUGGCAUGGUCUUACUAUUUAUGCGGUGUGAGUAGAUGAAUUUGAAUCACACUUUACUCUGCCAAAAAAAAUUGUAUCCCUUCUGUCACUGUUGUAUUUGUUGUAGAACUUGGAAAUACAUUUUCCUUUUGUGCAUGUGAAUAUAUAUAUAUAUAUAUAGAGAGAGAGAGAGAGAGAGAGAGAACACCUAUUGGAAAACAAAUGGUUACUUUUUCUAAGAAAAAAAAAAUAUUCUCCUUUUUGAAGUGCUACCCAUUGGGAUCAGGUGACUCCUUCCCGUGUAAGAAGCAAAGAAUCUAUUGAAGUAGGGUUAUUUGGGUGAUUUUAUUUAAAUGCAAUAAAUAUUUUAUUACAAUAAUUUGUACAACAUUUUCUAUAUAUAAUGUACAAUAUUACAGUGCAUGUUAUUGAUGUAAUGAGAAAUUUAUUGUUUGAAAUGAAAUCAUAAAGUCCGAGGAUUUCAUUGGGAUUUGGACUAGAGUUUUACAGUCUUUACUUGGGUGUAUUAUAGUAGGAGUAGAAAUAUACAAAUAAUUAAUCAUAUAAAAUUAUUAUGCAAAACAACAUGAUUUGUUAUGAUAUUUUCUUCUAAAAGCACAACAUUUAUUAUUGUGAUCAUGAUUUACAAGCAUGAUGGUAAUAUUAAUCUAUAAGUAAAUUCUAUAUAAAAUUUUUGAACAUUAAUCGAAUAAAAUGAUUUUCAAAUCGAGAUUUUUUUUUUCCCCUCACAUCUACAAUGAAAAAUGUACUCAUAGAAGGAAAAUUAUACAAUAGUUCUGGAGUAUUACGUGACUAUAUUUUCUCGCUAAUCACCUUUUCAUUAUGUCCCUUCGUGUAAUACGCGUUUUCAACCAACCAUACUACAUGAGGCACCACAUAAUCAUAUUUCCGGACUACCGAAUAAUCACUAAUAUUGCAAAUCCUUAUUAGUAAGAGGCAAAAGAUAAAAAGUCCCUUCACUAUUCAAUUUUGUAUUUAAUGUUUUUUUUAUUGGCAAAAAGAGAAAUUUAUUGAUGACAUUGAGUUGAAUGCAAAAGAAGGUACUAUCUGGUGAUUCAUCUUUGGUAGAUGCAUAAGUUAUUACUCAGCCAGGAAAGCCCUUAGCUGGUUAUAUACAUUACACAAUUGAAGAAAGUACCCACUUUCCUUGUUACCCCAUCAAUGGAAUACAAACACAAGAAGAAAAAGAAGAUAAAGAAGGCACUAAAGGCAAAAGCAAAAUAAAGUUUGCUAGUGUUAAUGGACAAAAGAAGCUUUUCCAAGAAUUAUCAUCAGCUAAUCUCACUUGCAUGUCUUUUAUUUUAUAAUUAAUACAGUUGUACAUGCACUUUAUUCAUGCACUCUAUAUAUAUGUGUGUGUAUCCCCAACUUUGUUCACAUUCCCCUUCCCAUCUAGACCUUAGCACCGAGAGAGAGUAUUCCAAACUCAAUUCUUUUCCUUCUUGGCAACUACCUUGAAGAUAGCCAUAUUCCCAAAAAAAAAAUGGCUAGAAUGGUUGGCAUUUUUGUAUGUCUCUUGAUUGUUAUGAUGGAUAUUGCAGCAGGCGUACUUGGAAUCAAAGCCGAAGCUGCUCAAAACCGGACUAAACAUGUGAGACUAUGGUUAUUUGAGUGCAAAGACCCAAGCCAUGAAGCCUUCAAAUUAGGGGUAGCAGCAAUCACCCUUUUGAGCCUGGCCCAUGUUCUUGCCAAUUGGAUUGGUGGUUGCAGCAUUUGUACACGAGAGGAGUUCCAAAAAGCAUCCCCUAGCAAGCAAUGCUCAUUGGCUUGCCUCUUUCUUACCUGGGUAGCAUUGGCUAUUGCAUUGGCCUUGAUGGUUAUUGGGACAAAGUCAAACCACAAGUCAAGAACUACAUGUGGGUUCACACAUCAUCACUAUUUGUCCCUCGGAGGCAUUUUGUGCUUUGUUCAUGCAGGGUUCUCUGUUGGUUAUUACGUUACUGCCACUGCUGCAUUUGGUUAAUAAAUAAACAAUGCAUGAAGGUCAUCAUCCUUGGAGUUUUUAUUUUAUAUUUUAUAUUUUAUUUUGUGACAAAUUCGUUAUUACGUUAUUUUAUUUUAUUUUAUUUUAUUUUAGCUGCAAUUUUCUUUUUAAUUGACAUGUAAGACAUUGACAGAAGUUGAAACAUUGCAUAUCUUUUUUUAUCUUUUAACUUUUGUAGAUUAAACCCAAAUAAUGGCUAAAAUACAUGGUUUAUUCACAAAGUAUAUGUUUUGUGUCAAUUUUGUUCACUUUAGUCUCCAAUGUAUGAAAUUUGUGGAUA